AUGUUAAUCAAUGAUAGUUUAUGUUCUAUGCGAGAGGAUGCAGGCUCGUACACAGUUUUAAUUCGCAAUUCGUUGGGUGAAGCACGAUCAUUCACACAAUUGACUGUAGAAGAAUUUUUCUGUCGAACACCCGAAUCGGAAAUGUCCGAUACACCGUGCAAACCUAUCUUCGUCCAACCACUUCUCGAUGUAACGAUCAACGAAGGACAAAAACUGAAACUACAUGCCGCUAUCAAUGCUCAUCCUGAACCAGAAAUUAUUUGGUACUGUAAUAAUGUUCCUUUGAAAAGUACACGCGAUGUAACGUUAACAUUCGAUGGCCAAUUAUGUACAUUAAUCAAAGAUCGAUGUGAAAAAGAAAACGAUAGUGGAUUCUAUCGUAUCACAGCUGUAAAUUCCAUGGGUCAAGCUGAAUCGACCUGUCAAGUGAAUAUUCAAUCGAAAGAUGCACCACAGUUUCGCGAACGUUUGCAAUCGGUUCGCGCCUCGCCUGUUAUUCAUCAAGCAUUCACGAAUCAAACGAUGAACGAGGGUGAUCGUGUUGUUUUUCAAGUACGAAUAACUGGCCAACCAAAACCGCAGAUCAUUUGGUAUAAAGAUAAUCAACCAAUACGUAACACCCAUGAUCAUAAAAUUCGCAAUCAAGAUGAUAUCUAUACACUUGAGAUACCGGAAUUGUUUCCUGAUGAUGCUGGAAUUUAUAUGGUGAAAGCAGUGAAUAUCGAAGGCGAAGCGAAGUGCGAGGGUCUUUUAACAAUUUUGUCAGCAAUGCAUCCGAUUUCAGUGAAUACGGAACCAGCUUUCGUUCCACCAACUGGUUUUCCGCCGGAAUUUCUUCAGUUAUUUACUGAUCGACAAGCGUCAAUAAAUUCAUCCAUGAAAUUCGAAGCUCGAUUAAUUGGUACACAACCAUUAAAUGUCUAUUGGUUAUUCGAUGGGGAGCCAAUAACAAAUCUAGCAAAUAAUCAACGUUGUCAACAACAUGUGUUAGGUGACACAUAUUCGUUGACUAUAAAUGAUAUUCAAUACGAAGAUGCUGGACGAUUUACAUUAAAUGCGGAAAACUCUUGGGGCAAAGCAACAUGCACUGCGCAAUUAUUCAUUCCACCAACUUCAAUAUCUGGUACGGAAAGUAAUAGCAACAUGUUGUCCGAUUUACUUGUCAAAAUGUCACCUUCACCACCGUCGAAUCGAAAACGACAUAUGGAAACGAGUCAACAACAUCAGCAAGCAACAUCAGCGUCGAACACGCGUUCAUUCGAGCAAGAAUACGAACAUCGACGACAUUCAUCGUUUAGUUCAUCGAAUGGUAACAAACGUUAUCGUCCAUUACAAUCUUCGCUCGAACGUACGCAAUCGAUUUCGCGUGAUCAAGAAUGCCGACGACGACAGUAUCCAAAAUCGAUCGAUGUCUUUAUUCCUUAUGACGUGCUCGAAAAAGAACGCAGUCAACAAGGAACUAAAUCGACUACGAUGACACGAAGUUACGAAUAUGAAGUCGAACAUAAGCGUCGUGCAUCGUCGAUCGGCAGUAAGCAACAGCGUAGAAGUGAUUUCGAUGCUGAGGAAGAGUAUUUACGUUGUUUACGUGAUAUUACUGAUGAAUAUGAGAAGACUAAACGACAGAAAAAGUCACUCGAAGACCGAAAGAAGAAAACGACUGUUGAUACACAAGAAGAGAUCGAAACUAUCGAAGAAGUUUUCCGCCAUCGACCAUCAAAACCUGAAGCAGUAACAACAACAACGACAACAACUGAGGAAAUCAUACACCGAUCAGGUUAUCAAAUGCCACCGAUACCACCGACAACAACAACCACUACAACAUCAUCAUCAAUUAAUCGUGUAAAUCAGUUUGAAAAACAAUUUACUGAUAAUUUUUCUCUUCGUCCACAUCACGAAGAACAAAAGACAAUUUCGUACUCGACACGAAAUGACGGCGGACAGCGUUUAACCGCCGCUCAGCGUUCAUUUUCAGAGGAACUACUUUUUAAACGCUUAAUACCGACUGCUAAACAGUUAUACACGACUACACCAUCCGCUACUACAAGCGAAGCUGGCUUUGCCACAAGUGAAGACGAUUUAACAACAAUGGAAUAUCGUCUCAAGCGUAAAGAACGCCUAAAACCAAUACGCAUUCAUUCAUCAACGAGCUCAAUUCCUGGCGAAACAAGUAUUAAAUAUGUUCGUACAGAACGUCAACCUGUUGAACUUCUCGUACCAAAACCUCAAGUGAUUACCACGCAAGGCGAGCAUUCGACAACAGUUGUAAAGGAUGUUCGGCGUUCAGUAGGAAAAGUGUCGACGAAUCUUCGUCAACAACAUCAACGUGCAACGAUCGAGGGUGAACACGAAUUGCGUAUCAUCAAAGAGCCGAUUUCAGCAGGACAAACAUUACCAUUCGCGUUUACAGUUCCGAAACCAGUAGAAGCCCUACCAGCUGAACAUUCGUCAACAUUUGUUGUUGAAUCAAAGAAAGGCGGACGAUUUCAAACAUUAGAUGUGAGCACUGCUCUGACACGCGAACAUACGCUGACUGGCGAGCAUGAACUUCGUGUUAUAUCAGAACCUAUUUCAACUGGUUUGCAUAAUAAAGCAGUCGAAUUGUUAUUCCCUAAACCACCGUUGCCACCAGCGCCCAGUCAACAUUCGUCAACCGUGGUUAAGCACACACGAGCACUACCAUCGAGUGUAGUCAUUGACAAUAUUCAAACAACAUUGAAAGGUGAACAUGAACUACGUUUGGUUGACAAACCGAUACAAUCAGGAGCACUUGAUAGUGUUGAAUUAAUUGUACCAAAAAGUGUCACAGAAACUGCAGAACAUACAACAACUAUAGUGACAGAAACUCAACCCCAACGGCGUGUUCUGGAAAUCACUGGUAGCGGAAGAAAAAUGGAGAGUGAACAUGAAACGAAGUUUUUCCGUGAUGCUGUUCGUGUUGAAGAACAACUUGAACUUCGUCUACCUAAACCACAAAUCGAACGCGCUGAACAUACGACAACGAUAGUUAAGCAUAGCCGUGGCAAAGGACCCAUUAUUGAAGUAGACACCACCACUCGACGAAUCGAAGGCGAACAUGAAACAAAAUUUGUUGAAGAAUCUAUUGAGGCGAAAGCCGAUUCAAUGCACCUGUUAAUUGCUAAACCUCAAAUACCAGCAGAGCACAGCACAACAAUUGUCAAAGAGCAACGUGGGAAAUCACAAAUCUAUGCGAUUGACAAAACAAAGCCCAUACCUGGUGAACAUGAAACGAAAUAUUAUGAACAACCAGUUGAAGCAUUCGGUGAAAUGCAUGUUCUAUUUCCUAAACAUCAACCUGUUAUCGGUCCACUCGAAGGCGAACAUAUGUCAACCUUGGUUAAACAAGUUCAUGGAAAACCAGUUGUCUAUGAAGAUCGUUAUCGCGAAAUACCUGGUGAACAUAUUUUAACAGUCAUUGAUAGUUCGACUACGAGAGUAGAUCGUGGCACUGAGAGUGAAGUUGAAUUCAUCGUUCCGAAAGUAAAAUCGAGACGAGGAUUCAGCUCGAGCGACUACGAUGAAGUAUUUGCUUCAUCAGCUGGUGAAGAAGAAAGUAUUCGUCGUGAACGUUACCGUUACGAUGCAGAAGAAGAAAGUGGCUGGACCAGUGCUGGUGAACAUACAACAACGUAUGUUAAACAAGCACGAGCCAAAUUUGAACCUGUGGAACUAGUUGUGGACAAACCACGAGUCAUGCCAAGUGUAUCAACAUUGAUUGCUGAUAUACAAGGACCAGCACAGAUUACAUCGAUAAGACCGACAACCGUUGUCCUUGCAGAGGAUAGUUCUGUUAAACUCGAUAUGGAGCUGAAUAGUCAACAUCUUCAAGAACAAUACGAUGAAAUGGAGUUAGUUUUAGAGAAACCACUUGUUCGAGACAGCUCAACUAAAUUACUAGCCAGUGUACAACCGGGCCUGGAAAUCAAAUCAUUUCGGCCGACAACCGGUUUGCAGCAACAAACUAAGAUAAUGGAAGAAAGUAGCUCAUCAUUGACUAUGCAAAUGCAACAAGCAGAAGAAGAAGAAACUCUCGAACUUCAUAUUCGUAAACCACAUAUUCAAGAAAGUUCAAGUGUUGUUGUAAGAGAAAUUGAUUACACAGCGCUACUCAUCAAAGAAGCUUUUCCAGAGGAUGCAGGCUCGUACACAGUUUUAAUUCGCAAUUCGUUGGGUGAAGCACGAUCAUUCACACAAUUGACUGUAGAAGAAUUUUUCUGUCGAACACCCGAAUCGGAAAUGUCCGAUACACCGUGUAAACCUAUCUUCGUCCAGCCACUACUCGAUGUAACGAUCAAUGAAGGACAAAAACUGAAACUACAUGCAGCUAUCAAUGCUCAUCCUGAACCAGAAAUUAUUUGGUACUGUAAUAAUGUUCCUUUGAAAAGCACACGCGAUAUAACGUUAACAUUUGAUGGUCAAUUAUGUACAUUAAUUAAAGAUCGAUGUGAAAAAGAAAACGAUAGUGGAUUCUAUCGCAUCACAGCUGUCAAUUCCAUGGGACAAGCUGAAUCAACCUGUCAAGUGAAUAUUCAAUCGAAAGAUACACCACAGCUUCGCGAACGUUUACAAUCAGUUCGCGCCUCGCCUGUUAUUCAUCAAGCAUUUAAGAAUCAAACGAUAAACGAGGGUGAUCGUGUUGUUUUUCAAGUGCGAAUAACUGGCCAACCAAAGCCGCAGAUCAUUUGGUAUAAAGAUAAUCAACCAAUACGUAACACACAUGAUCAUAAAAUUCGCAAUCAAGAUGAUAUCUAUACACUUGAGAUACCGGAAUUGUUUCCUGAUGAUGCUGGACUCUAUAUGGUGAAAGCAGUGAAUAUCGAAGGCGAAGCGAAGUGCGAGGGUCUUUUAACAAUUUUGUCAGCAACGCAUCCGAUUUCAGUGAAUACGGAACCAGCUUUUGUUCAACCAACUGGUUUUCCACCGGAGUUUCUACAGUUAUUUAUUGAUCGACAAGCGUCAAUAAAUUCAUCAAUGAAAUUCGAAGCUCGAUUAAUUGGUACACAACCAUUAAAUGUCUACUGGUUAUUCGAUGGGGAGCCAAUAACAAAUCUAGCAAAUAGUCAACGCUAUCAACAACAUGUGUUAGGUGACACAUAUUCGUUGACUAUAAAUGAUAUUCAAUACGAAGAUGCUGGACGAUUUACAUUAAAUGCCGAAAACUCUUGGGGCAAAGCAACAUGCACUGCGCAAUUAUUCAUUCCGCCAACUUCAAUACCUGGUACGGAAAGUAAUAGCAACAUGUUGUCCGAUUUACUUGUCAAAAUGUCACCUUCACCACCGUCGAAUCGAAAACGACAUAUGGAAACGAGUCAACAACAUCAGCAAGCAACAUCAGCCUCGAACACGCGUUCAUUCGAGCAAGAAUACGAACAUCGACGACAUUCAUCGUUUAGUUCAUCGAAUGGUAAUAAACGUUAUCGUCCACUACAAUCGUCGCUCGAACGUACACAAUCGAUUUCGCGCGAUCAAGAAUGCCGACGACGACAGUAUCCAAAAUCGAUCGAUGUCUUUAUUCCUUAUGACGUUCUCGAAAAAGAACGCAGUCAACAAGGAACUAAAUCGACUACGAUGACACGAAGUUACGAGUAUGAAGUCGAACAUAAGCGUCGUGCGUCGUCGAUCGGUAGUAAACAACAGCGUAGAAGUGAUUUCGAUGCUGAAGAAGAGUAUUUACGUUGUUUACAAGAUAUUACUGAUGAAUAUGAGAAGAAUAAACGACAAAAAAAGUCACUCGAAGACCGAAAGAAGAAAACGACUGUUGAUACACAAGAAGAGAUCGAAACUAUCGAAGAAGUUUUCCGCCAUCGACCAUCAAAACCAGAGGCAGUAACAACAACAACGACAACAACUGAGGAAAUCAUACACCGAUCAGGUUAUCAAAUGCCACCGAUACCACCGACAACAACAACCACUACAACAUCAUCAAUUAAUCGUGUAAAUCAGUUUGAAAAACAAUUUACUAAUAAUUUUUCUCUUCGUCCACAUCACGAAGAACAAACGACAAUUUCGUACUCAACACGAAAUGAUGGCGGGCAACGUUUAACCGCCGCGCAGCGUUCAUUUUCAGAAGAACUACUUUUUAAACGCUUAAUACCGACUGCUAAACAGUUAUACACGACUACGCCAUCCGCUACUACAAGCGAAGCUGGUUUUGCCACAAGUGAAGACGAUUUGACAACAAUGGAAUAUCGUCUCAAGCGUAAAGAACGCCUAAAACCAAUACGUAUCCAUUCAUCAACGAGCUCAAUUCCUGGUGAAACGAGUAUUAAAUAUGUUCGUACAGAACGUCAACCUGUUGAACUUCUCGUACCAAAACCUCAAGUGAUUACUACACAAGGCGAGCAUUCGACAACAGUUGUCAAGGAUGUUCGACGUUCAGUAGGAAAAGUGUCGACUAAUCUGCGUCAACAACAUCAACGAGCAACGAUCGAAGGUGAACAUGAAUUGCGUAUCAUCAAAGAGCCGAUUUCAGCAGGACAAACAUUACCAUUCGAGUUUACAGUUCCGAAACCGGUAGAAACCCUACCAGCUGAACAUUCGUCAACAUUUGUUGUUGAGUCAAAGAAAGGUGGUCGUUUUCAAACAUUAGAUGUGAGCACUGCUCUGACACGCGAACAUACGCUGGCUGGCGAACAUGAACUUCGUGUUAUAUCAGAACCUAUUUCAACUGGUUUGCAUAAUAAAGCAGUCGAAUUGUUAUUCCCUAAGCCACCGUUGCCACCAGCGCCCAGUCAACAUUCGUCAACGGUGGUUAAGCAUACACGAGCACUACCAUCGAGUGUGGUCAUUGACAAUAUUCAAACAACAUUGAAAGGCGAACAUGAACUACGUUUGGUUGACAAACCGAUACAAUCAGGAGCACUUGAUAGUGUUGAAUUAAUUGUACCAAAAAGUGUCACAGAAACUGCCGAACAUACAACAACUAUUGUGACAGAAACUCAACCACAACGGCGUGUUCUGGAAAUCACUGGUAGCGGAAGAAAAAUGGAGAGUGAACAUGAAACGAAGUUUUUCCGUGAUGCUGUUCGUGUUGAGGAACAACUGGAACUUCGUUUACCUAAACCGCAAAUCGAACGCGCUGAACAUACGACAACGAUAGUUAAGCAUAGCCGUGGCAAAGGACCCAUUAUUGAAGUUGACACAACCACUCGACGAAUCGAAGGUGAACACGAAACAAAAUUUGUUGAAGAAUCUAUUGAGGCAAAAGCCGAUUCAAUGCACCUGUUAAUUGCUAAACCUCAAAUACCAGCGGAGCACAGUACAACAAUUGUCAAAGAGCAACGUGGAAAAUCACAAAUCUAUGCGAUUGACAGAACAAAACCUAUACCUGGUGAACAUGAAACGAAAUAUUAUGAGCAACCAGUUGAAGCAUUCGGUGAAAUGCAUGUUCUAUUUCCUAAACAUCAACCUGUUAUCGGUCCACUCGAAGGCGAACAUAUGUCAACAUUGGUUAAACAAGUUCAUGGAAAACCAGUUGUCUAUGAAGAUCGUUAUCGCGAAAUACCUGGUGAACAUAUUUUAACAGUCAUUGAUAGUUCGACUACGAGAGUGGAUCGUGGCGCUGAGAGUGAAGUUGAAUUCAUCGUUCCGAAAGUAAAAUCGAGACGAGGAUUUAGCUCGAGCGAUUACGAUGAAGUAUUUGCUUCAUCAGCUGGCGAAGAAGAAAGUAUUCGCCGUGAACGUUACCGCUAUGAUGCAGAAGAAGAAAGUGGCUGGACCAGUGCUGGUGAACAUACAACAACGUAUGUUAAACAAGCACGAGCCAAAUUUGAACCUGUGGAACUAGUCGUGGACAAACCACGAGUCAUGCCAAGUGUAUCAACAUUGAUUGCUGAUAUACAAGGACCAGCACAGAUUACAUCGAUAAGACCGACAACCGUUGUUCUUGCAGAAGAUAGUUCUGUUAAACUGGAUAUGGAGCUGAAUAGUCAACAUCUUCAAGAACAAUACGAUGAAAUGGAGUUAGUUCUAGAGAAACCACUUGUUCGAGACAGCUCAACUAAAUUAUUAGCCAGUGUACAACCAGGCCUGGAAAUCAAAUCAUUUCGACCGACCACCGGUUUGCACCAACAAACUAAGAUAAUGGAAGAAAGUAGCUCAUCAUUGACUAUGCAAAUGCAACAAGCAGAAGAAGAAGAAACUCUCGAACUUCAUAUUCGUAAACCACAUAUUCAAGAAAGUUCAAGUGUUGUCAUCGCUAAUAUCCAACCUGAAUUAGGUAUUCAAGGACAAUUAAAACCUAGUCCGUAUAUUCCACCACCCGUUGAAGAAUCCAGUACAGCUUUGACAAUGGAAUUGAAUGCUGACCAGCCGAUAGCGCCAUUUGAACUGAUUAUACCGCGUAUUGGUAUGGAAUCAUCAACAAGUACGGUACUCGCUCAAGUCGCACCAGCUAUAGCUGGUAUUCGCGCUAAGGUUGACAUACCGCAAGUAGAAAAAUCGACGUCGAAAUUUGUUCUCGAACAAAGGAAACGUUUGGAUGAAGAAGUAGAAUUAAUUAUGCCCAAGCCAAAACGUAUUGAGACAAGUACGAGUACUAUGAUUGCCGAUGUUGCAGCUAAACUCGAAACAAAAGAAAUACGUGCGAGUCAAUAUCAACCAGAAACAUCCACAUCAACGUUCUAUCUCGAUCAAACUGCGCCUGAGGUAGAACCCUCACCUGUUGAGAUACGCAUGAGACAGCCGAUCAUUGGUGAUAGUUCGACAACGUUGAUAGCUAAUGUCAAAGCCACAUUAGAUACACAACAAGUUAAAGUUCUCGGCAACCCAUAUCAACCGAUGGAAGAAAGUUCCUCUGCGCUCAUCAUUGAUACUGUUGCAAAUCAUGUUCAACCAUCUGAAGUUGAACUCAUUCUUCCGCGUCCACACGUACAAGACAGUACAUCUGUUGUUCUAGCCGAUGUUCGUCCGACAUUAGAUACAUCGCAAACACAUGUUGUAAUUCCGCCUCCUAUUCAAUAUCCUGUGAAGUCGAGUAGUGAACUUAUUGUUCAACAAGAUGAUGUUCAAAUAGCACCUGUAGAAUUACAUUUACAUCGUCAACCGAGUUCACAUACAAUUGUGGCUAAAUUAGACGAUACACGAACCAGAACCAAAGAUACGUAUAUUUUAGGCUCGGUAAACACUCAACAGCAACAGUAUGGCUCUCCAGCGAUGUACUCGGAUUUCAAUAGAUCAACAGAUUCGAGAUACAAUAUGGACAGUCGACGGGAAAUGAGUUCAAGAAUGACAGCACAAGAGCGAAUGACUACGAGCACUAGUGGCGGUGUAGGUGGAGUGUCAGACAAUAGUUCGACUUUUAUAACCGAAAUUGAACCACGGCAAUUAGAACCUGUAGAAUUCAUUGUAUCAGGUAGUGCUACGGGAAUAAAUAAUCGACUCGAACAGUAUUCAAAUGGUAACACAGGUAACUUUACAGCAACAUCGACAACAACCAAACGAACAAUGGCGUCAUCAGAAAACACUAACUAUGGUGGAACGACAAAUUUUAGUUCGAGUGAAAAUUAUGCACCAUACUUCAUUUCAUCUCUUCGUGAUCAAACUGUACGAGAAGGAGAAUCUAUACUUUUUGAAAUUGCUGUAUCAGCUUUACCGUUGGCUGAAAUUAUUUGGGAUAAAGAUGGUGAAAUCAUCAGUGUCGACUCAGCAUUUCGUAUUGAUUAUUACAGUGACGGUCGAGCAACGCUAUAUAUCCCUGAAACAUUUGUCGAUGACCAGGGUUACUAUACGUGUACAGCAAGAAAUUCAUUAGGAACAUGUCGCUCGACAGCACGUCUCAAUAUUCGAUCAACAAACGAUCGAGUUUCUCCGACACGUCGUCAUGUGAAUACUUCUGCAAUAUCAUCGAAAGUUCAAUUUCAUCGACAAACUAGCAACUCACGAUCGCCAUCCGCAUCCUAUCGCGUUUAUGCUCACUCGGAACCAUCGGCAACAAUCCAUCAAGAAAGUCCAUCGAAAGUCGUAACACAAGUCACUGAAGAAACUCAAGUUAUACAAAUUCCGCCACAGAGACCUCACACUCAACAACUAAAUGAAGUAACAUACACAGUACAAGAUAAGCAAUCAAAACUUGAGCCAGUUGCCUUUCAAGUCUCAACAAUCAAAGAGAAUAUCAAACCGAAUGUGACGAAUAAUGAUACAAAUGACCCGAAUCCAUUUAAAAUUUUUGGCGCUAAAUUACGUAGUCGACCUGUUCAGGGUAUCGUUCCAUCCUACGAUGAUCCAAUGUCGGCAAUUUCUUCUCAACAAGGACCGCAGGCAACUUCUUCGAAUUUCUCUCAAUAUCAACAACCCUUUUCUUCUACACAAUCACAAUUUCCAAGAGCACGUCAACAAUAA